AUGCCUGAGAUCGCUGAAGUAGCACGGACGGUCCAUUUCGUCCGCAAAUUACUCGUCGGAAAGACCAUCGCCAAAGUUGCUGCUACAGACGACGCCAAUGUCUAUGGCAAGGUGGGCACUUCAGCCGCCGAGUUUCAGAAACACAUGACUGGCAAGAAAGUUGUCGAUGCGGGUCAGCAGGGUAAAUACUUCUGGAUCAUCAUGUCCAGUCCACCACACCCCGUCAUGCAUUUUGGAAUGAGCGGGUGGCUGAAGUUCAAUUCCGAGCAUACCUACUACUACCAACCAAAGAAGGGUGGAAAGGAGGAGGAUUGGCCACCAAAGUUCAUGAAGUUCCAUCUCGAGACCAAAGCCGAAAAUGGGGAAGAAGCUAUUGAGGCAGCAUUCGUCGAUAUGAGACGAUUUGCGAGAAUACGGCUGGUUGACUGUCCCGCCUCCGAGAUCCGCAAAGUCAGCCCAUUGAAGGAGAAUGGUCCGGAUCCCGUUGUUGACAAGGACGUUGUCACUUUCGAGUGGCUAAGAGAGAAAUGCAGAGCUAAAAAAUUGCCUAUCAAGGCCAUGCUGCUUGACCAAGCUAACAUCAGCGGCAUUGGCAAUUGGGUUGGUGACGAGGUCAUGUAUAACGCAAAGAUGCAUCCCGAGCAGUAUGCCAACACCCUCUCCGACGAACAGAUCAAGCAACUCCACACAUCCAUCCACUACAUCUGCAGCACGGCUGUCGACCUUCUGGGCGACUCGGACCAAUUUCCUGAAGAUUGGCUUUUCAAGCACAGAUGGGGAAAGGGAAAGAAAGGGACAUCGAACACUAUGCCUAGUGGGGAGAAGAUUCUCUUCCUUACAGUCGGAGGCCGUACCAGCGCUGUGGUCCCUUCAGUUCAGAGGAAAACAGGCCCAGUGGCGAAGGAGAUGAGCGAGGCUGAGGGCGCGAUUGAUGAUGAGAAGCCUAAGAAAUCGAAAGGCAAGAAGAGAAAGGCUGAAAUGGAAGAGAACGAACAGGCAGAAGUCAGACCUAAGCAGACAACGGCCCGAACUAAGAAGGCAGCUGUGAAGGAAGAGGAGGACGAUGAUCAAGUGAAAGAAGCGAAGCCACAAGUCAAUAGCGCUUCAAAUCAGGUCAAUGGUGGAAGGAACGUGUCCAAGAAAGGGAAGAGCGUCAAGGAUGAAACUGUCGGGGGAACGCCGGCGAGUAAGAAAGUCAUGAACACCGCGGAGAAUGAUACAGGCAGGAGACGAUCUGGGCGACUGAGCAAGACUUGA